UCUGGAACAAGAACAGAGUUCAAGGCAUCAAGGACUCAGACACCCAUUCUUUCCUACUCCUCUCUGCACCAUGAGGGGACGUCAGCUGCUUAAUCCAGUCUUCAUUCUCCUUUUCUUGCUCCUUCCCAGAAGAGAUGCUUCAGCUACCUCAAAACCGCAGUACCUGGUGGUGGUCCCAUCACAGCUGUAUGCUGGGGUUCCCGAGAAGGCCUGCGUCAUGCUUAAUCACCUGAAUGAGACAGUGGCCCUGACGGUAACUCUGGAGUAUGAAACACAGAGCAUAGAUCUCCUCACGGACCUGGAGGCGAAGAACUCCUUCUACUGCCGCUCCUUCACUAUUCCAGAGCUGUCAUCCUCCUCAGCGUUCAUCAUCGUGCAGGUGAAGGGGCCAACCCAGCAGUUUCUGAAGAGGAAGCUGAUGCCCGUGACCAAAGCGGAAAGCCUCAGCUUUGUCCAGACAGACAAGCCCAUCUACAAACCAGGACAAACAGUGAAAUUCCGCAUUGUCUCUAUGGAUGUCAGUUUUCACCCUUUGGAUGAAAUGUUCCCAGUGGUUUAUAUCGAGAAUCCCAAGAGGAACCGAAUUUUCCAAUGGCACAGCAUCAAACUGCAAGGAGGGCUCAACCAGCAAUCUUUCCCACUCUCAGAGGAGCCCAUACUGGGCCGCUACAAGGUCGUACUGCAGAAGGAGUCUGGGACAAAAGUAGAGCAUGCCUUUGAGGUGAAUGAAUACGUUUUGCCCAAAUUUGAGGUCCAAGUGAAAAUGCCCAAGACUAUUGGUUUUCUAGAUGAUGAAUUUGCGGUAUCUGUCUGCGGCCUAUAUACAUACGGAAAGCCUGUUCCUGGUCUGGUGACAAUUAAUGUAUGCAGAAAAUAUUUACGAUACAGUUCUGCCUGCUAUGGAAAAUAUUCACAAAGCAUCUGUGAAGAAUUUAGUCAACAGGCAGACAGUGAUGGCUGUUUCACCCAACUCGUAAAGACUAAAAUGUUUCAGCUGAGACAAAGAGGGUAUGACAUGACAAUACAAGUGGAAGCCAAGGUCAGAGAGGAGGGAACAGGGUUGGAAUUAACUGGACUUGGAUCAAGCGAAAUCACAAAUACUUUAAGCAAACUGGAAUUUACAAAAGUGGAUUCGCAUUUCAGGCGUGGGCUCCCUUUCUUUGGGCAGGUUCUUCUAGUUGAUGAGAAGGACCAGCCAAUCCCCAAUAAAACAGUAGUCGUCAGUGUGGCUAUCAUGUCGUACCAAGCCAGCUUUACUACUAAUGAGCACGGUUUGGUGGACAUUUCCAUUGACACCACUAACUUCACGUCUUCUUUCAUUACAGUUAUGGUCACCUACAAACAGAAUAAUUUCUGUUACGAUAACUGGUGGCUUGAAGAAUCACAUUUACCAGCGCAGCACACUGCAAGGCAUGUUUUCUCCCCGAGCAAGAGUUAUGUUCACCUUGAACCUGUGGCUGGUACUCUGGCUUGUGGGCAAACCCAGGAGGUUCGAGCAUACUACAUCUUGAAUGAACAGAUUCUGAAGGAUGAAAAAGAGUUAACCUUCUAUUAUUUGAUCAAAGCAAGAGGAAGCAUCGCGCAAUCAGGAACCCAUGCGUUGUCCAUUGAGCAAGGAGAGUUGAAAGGGGUAUUUUCCUUCUCCUUUCGAGUGGAAUCAGCCAUUGCUCCCACCGCCCAGUUGCUGAUUUAUACUGUUUUACCUAACGGAGAAGUUAUUGCAGAUACUGAGAAACUCAAGAUUGAAAACUGCUUUGCCAAUAAGGUAAAUUUGAGCUUCUCCUCCGCCCGGAGCCUGCCAGCCUCAGACACCAACCUGAAGGUCACAGCCACUCCUCACUCCCUCUGCGCCCUCCGUGCUGUAGACCAGAGUGUGCUGCUGAUGAAGCCUGAGGCUGAGCUCUCACCUCAAUCAGUCUAUGAUUUGCUACCAGUAAAGAGCGUCCACAGUGUUCGAUACAGAGGUCCUGGGAAUGAAGAUGGUGAAGCGUGUAUCACUGCAGAAGACAUAACUCACAACGGACUCAUUUACACGCCAAGGCAGAUCCCGGAUGAUGAUGUUUACAGCAUCUUUGAGUCCGCAGGAUUCAAUAUUUUUACCAACUCAAAAAUCCACAAGCCAUGUAUUAGUCAGGUUUUUCUGCCAUCUCCAGGAAUGGCUCUGAACUACGCAAGUGCAGGUCCUCUAAGUGCUCCACUAGCACGUGGAGCUGAAGGAAUAGCUUAUUCAACGGCAGCGAGAGACGGCUCUCCAGCUGCAGAAGUGAAAGAGACAGUCCGGAAGUAUUUCCCUGAGACUUGGAUCUGGGACUUGGUGAAGCUCAAUGUAUCAGGUAGAAGUGAGUUGGCAGUGAAGGUCCCUGACACCAUCACAGAGUGGAAAGCCAGUGCCUUCUGCUUGUCUGAAACAGCAGGGCUCGGCCUCUCCCCCGUCACCUCUCUUCAAGUCUUCCAGCCCUUCUUCGUGGAACUCACUCUACCCUACUCUGUGGUUCGAGGAGAAGCCUUCACGCUCAAAGCCACUGUGUUCAACUACCUGUCCAGUAGCAUUCGGGUCAGCGUGCAGCUGGAGGUCUCUUCUGCCUUCGAGGCCAUCCCAGCAGAGAAGAAUGAUGAAUCUCACUGUAUCUGUGGAAACAGGCAGAAAACUGUAUCCUGGGCUGUGACCCCAAAGUUGCUGGGAAAGGUGAAUUUCACAGUCACUGCAGAAGCCCUGCAGUCUCAGGAAUUGUGUGGCAAUGAGGUGCCCCACGUCCCGGCGCUUGGACAGAAGGACACCGUAGUCAAACCCUUAUUAGUCGAGCCGGAAGGAAUAGAAAGGGAGGAAACUUUCAACACACUUCUCUGUGCAUCAGAAUCUGCAGUGCCUAAAAACUUCUCAUUAAAACUUCCUUCAAAUGUGGUUGAAGGAUCUGCCAGAGCGACAUAUUCUGUUUUGGGUGAUAUACUAGGCUCUGCAAUGCAAAAUCUUCAGAAUCUUGUCCAGAUGCCCUAUGGCUGCGGUGAACAGAACAUGGUCCUUUUUGUCCCGAACAUCUAUGUUCUGAACUAUCUGAAUGAGACACGACAGCUGACAGAGACGAUCAAGUCCAAAGCCAUCAGCCACCUCAUCAGCGGUUACCAAAGACAAUUGAAUUAUAAACACAGUGAUGGCUCAUACAGCACCUUCGGGGAUCAUGAUGGUAGAAGUCAGGGAAACACUUGGCUCACCGCAUUUGUGCUCAAGUCCUUUGCUCAAGCCCGGUCAUACAUUUUUGUGGAGCCCUCACACAUCAUGGAUUCCCUCAACUGGCUGUCACGGAAACAAAAGGAAAAUGGGUGUUUCCAACGCUCCGGAUCCCUGCUAAACAAUGCUAUUAAGGGCGGCGUAGAUGACGAGGUGACACUCUCUGCCUACAUCACCAUUGCUCUGCUGGAGAUGCCACUGCCUGUCACCCAUCAAGUUGUCCGCAAUGCUCUGUUCUGCCUGGAAGAGGCCUGGAAAUCCACCUCAGAGGCCCAAGGAAGUCUUGUCUAUACCAAGGCAUUAUUGGCCUAUGCCUUCGCCCUAGCAGGAAACCAGACCAAGCGGCGUGAGCUGCUUGAAUCCCUAAGCAAAGAGGCUGUAGAAGAAGGGGACUCAAUCCACUGGCAACGUCCUGGGAAACCUCAAGAAGUUCAUGCACCCUAUUAUCAACCCCGGGCUCCUUCUGUUGAAGUGGAGAUGACAUCUUACUUGCUUCUUGCCUAUCUCACUGCCCAGCCUGCCCCAUCUUCAGCAGAUCUGUCUGUGGCUACACGUAUUGUAAAAUGGAUCACCAAGCAACAAAACCCCAACGGGGGCUUCUCUUCCACUCAGGAUACGGUGGUAGCGCUCCAAGCCCUCUCCAAAUACGGAGCAGCAACUUUCACUAAAAGGGAGAAAGCGGCUACAGUCACUGUCAAGUCUUCAGACUCCUUCUCUAAAGAAUUUCAAGUAGAUGAAGCCAAUCGCCUACUGCUGCAGGAGAUCAGGUUGCCAAAGAUUCCAGGGGACUACAACACAACAGUGUUGGGGUCAGGAUGUGUCUACCUGCAGACAUCGUUGAGAUAUAACAUCCUGCCCAAGAAAGAAGGAAAAGCUCCCUUUACCCUGCAAGUUGAUACUCUCCCCAAGGACUGUGAUGGAGUCAAAGCUCACAGAAAAGUCCAGAUUCACAUCAACAUUAGUUAUACUGGGGAACGACCCAGCUCCAACAUGGCCAUUGUGGACGUGAAGAUGGUGUCAGGCUUCAUACCAGUGAAGUUAUCAGUGAAAAAGCUCCAAGAAAAGCCUCAGAUUCAAAGGACUGAAGUGAGCACCAACCAUGUCCUGAUUUACUUUGAAGAGCUAACGAAUCAAACCUUGAGUUUCUCCUUCUUAGUGGAACAAGACAUCCAAGUAAAGAAUUUAAAACCAGCUACUGUGAAGGCCUAUGAUUAUUAUGAGACAGAGGAAUUCACUAUUGAAGAGUACAGUGUCCCCUGCAGUUCUGAACAUGGAAAUGCUUGAAAAUGGAAACUCAUGGACCUCAUCAGAUGAACUUCUCCAGAAACAAAGAACAGACUUAUCAAGAGAGAAGACAGUGAGAGAAGACAGGAAUUGGAAGUACAUGAAAUUUAUAUGUUGAAUAAAUUUAUGACAUUUACAA